ACCUCAAAAUCUACCGCUCGACCCUCAGCAUCGAAUUUGAGUACGUUGGGGGCAGCCAUGACAGCAGUAGCAGGAGCAGUAAGAGUGGCGCGACUCGACAGGGCGGCGCGGCUAGGCAGGGCGGCUCGGCUAGGCAGGGCGGCGCGGUUCGGCGGUGCGCUUACCAGGGGCGGGUGGGUAGGGAGGCCGCUACUGGUGGGGCAGGGCUGUGGUGCGCCGGCAGGGUCGGGGCCGCAACUGGGCGGCAGGUCAGGGCCGCGGCUCGGCUGCAGGGCAGGGCCGGGGCAGAAGCAACGGCAGCGGCGGCGGCGGCUCGUCACACCGGCGGAGGCAGCCUCGGCGGCGGCGGCAGGGACAGCAGCUGCUGCAGGGCUCCUCGGCUGCUGCUGCAGGUGGAGGCCGCGACCGGCGAGAGGGGCAGGGCGGGCGGCGGGUCGACGAGCGGAGCAGAGGAGGGCCGCGCCGAAGGCAGGGCAGGCCGCGACAGGCGACGGGGCGGGGCCGCGAAGGGGCCGCAAAGGGCCGUGAAGGGGCCUCGAAGAGCCGCGAAGGGGGGCCGCGAAGGGCCGUGA